AUGGAUGCAAUCAAAGCUGGAAUUGAAAAAGUCAAAGAAGCUGUUGACAGUAAAAAAGCUGAUGAUAAACUUGAAAAAGCACUUGAUCCAAAUGUAAAACCAAGUGAAAGAUUAGAUGCAGAAUUCGAAGCGAAUAAAGCAGCUGCUAAAGCUGCUGAACAUCAUGUCAAAGCCGAACAAUAUAAAGCUAAACAUGUCAACAACUAA